AUGGCCGGACUGCUUCGCUGCGCUCGCCGUUCCGUCCUUGAUUGGCUGCACCUAACCAUGGUGUGUCUUGCCUGGCUCAUUGUUGUUCCUCUGACCGCAUGUCGCAUCUAUCGCUGUCUGUUCACCGGCAGUGUGUCAUCUUUGUUGACUUUGCCGUUGGACAUGCUGUCUACGAGACAUCUGUUACAGGAUUGCUUGCAAGGUUUUACAAUUGUGAUUCUGGCGUCGGCAGCAUUUUUGGGCUAUAUAUCCUUGCGGGAACAGCUACUUCAAGGUGGUGGGCCUGCCUGGCUCGAACAGGACGCGGUUGCCGGAAAUGUACACGGCCAUGAAUCAACUUCCAGUCGCUUCUACCUCAGUCCCACAGCGUUGAAGCAAGAUACUAGCAUAGUGGAAUUGGAGGAAGAUCUAAGGGAUGGUGGGGUCAAUGGACGCCGUCAUGUAUUUCCGGAUUUAUUUAACUUAUUUGGCGCAGCGAAUGGAGCCCCGGGUGCUGCAGAAGCUCCCGGUCCCGAUGCCCCAGCUGCGGAUGUGGCUCAGCGUGUCGAUCCGGAUGUUGGUACUACCGCUGCCACAACUGCAUCGGUUUCUGGAGAAACUGCAAAUGCCACUUCUGAUCAUCUCAACGAGACAACAUCUAGUGCUUCAUCUUCAUUAGGUACAACUAGCGGAACGCACACCAAUCCCGAAGAGCGAGCUCUACAACCACAACAAAUGGGUUGGAGAGCGGAUGGUUUGGCGUUUUGCCCGUAUCAUCUGGGUCAUUUUACUGUGAUCGGUUUCAAACUCGAAAAGUUGGUUGCCAUUACUCAUAUGGAGGGUUUGAGUAUCGGGAUCAUUGGCUAUCUGAUAUUCGCCGGUGCGCUUGUCUUCUUUCAUUCCAUUUUUCGAUUGAUGGGUAUGCCAAACGCGUGUUAUUGGACCGGUUUGUGCUAUGUGUACAUCAAAGUUGCAUUGGUUUCGCUGCUCGAAUUGGGCAUAUUUCCCGUGCUAUGUGGUCUGUGGAUUGACACAUGCACUCUGUCCCUAUUCAACUCAACCCUCACUCAACGGGCUGCCGUGCUUCAUCAUGCUCCUUUGGCGUUCACUUUCAUUCAUUGGGCCAUGGGAAUGCUGUACCUUUUCUAUAUGGCCUCGCUGCUCAUCCUCGCUCGGAGCGUGGUUCGUCCCGGCGUGCUACGUUUCGUCUAUCACUUCAACGAUCCAGACUUCAAACCGGUACAAGAUGUAAGCUAUUGUCUAGAUUCCGCUGACUAUUCACCAACAUUGUCCGCGCCUCGAUUAGCUCGGGUCUUUAUUUCUUCAAACUACUCAAAAUCGCACUAA